AUGUCUAGUCCUCUAGUUUUGUUCGAGAAAUCGAAGGCUGAAGGUAGGCCUUUGUACGUCUCAGGUCCCAUGGUUCGCUACAGUAAACUUCCUUUCCGACUGCUGGUUCAAGACUACAAGGUCGAUCUUACUUAUACACCCAUGAUUCUUGCACAUGAAUUCAUCCGUCACCCUGUUGCGCGUUCUUCAGAUUUCAGUACUCAUGACAACGAGGGCCCUGUCAUCGCACAGUUUGCCUCGAACGACCCCGUCGAGUUUGGACGUGCUGCAGAGAUGAUCGGUCCGUGGGUCAACGGCGUUGAUCUGAAUUGUGGAUGUCCACAGUCAUGGGCAAUGAAAGAAGGCAUUGGUUGCAGUAUGAUGGCAAAUCCAGACAAGGUUGCCGCCAUGAUCAAAGAGGCCAAGCAAAGGAUUGGGUCCGGCAAGACUGUCUCUUGCAAGAUUCGAAUUCACCAAGACUUGAAUGAGACGAUACAAUUUAUCAAGACCGUCGAAGCGGCAGGCGUAGACUACAUCACCAUUCAUGGGCGACUGCGGAACCAACGAUCAUCCACACCGCCCAACUUUGAAGCCAUCAAGAUGUUGAGGGCGCAGACGACACUACCUGUCCUCGCAAACGGCGAUGUCUACUCCCUAGAGGAUGCCCAUCGAAUCACAAGGGAGACCGGUGUAGACGGUGUCAUGGCAGCUCGAGGCCUAUUGGAGAACCCUGCCUUGUUUGCGGGCUUCGACAAGACGCCAGUCGAAGCUGUGUCCCAAUUCAUACACUAUGCUGUUCAGGGCGGUAUGCGACAUGAGCUAGUUGUCCAUCACCUCACCGAAAUGAUGACCAAGACGAGUACAAAGCGGGAACGGGCAGGUCUCGCGACCUGCAACGAUAUGGUGGACGUUGUGGAUUGGCUUGACAGCAGGUGCAAGUUGCAACGACCUCUUGUAUAA